AGCGGUGCCACGUCUCUUAGCGGCGGCGGCGGCACCGUGGAAGGUCUCGAGGAGUCUAGUGCCGCCGUAAAACCCUCUGAGGCCGUUAGAUCUAAGAUUUCUCAAACGAGUGCAAUAACAACAAUAGCAACAACCACCCUUUUCAAGAGAUCAAGAAAGAAAAAGACUUUGGCUGAGCUUAAAGAAGAAGAGAUCAUGCUCUUGAAGGAAAGUAACGGCCUGAAAAAUGAAUUGGCAAGUAUGCGCGAUUUGGUUGAGCAACAAAGAGAAAGAAACAAGGCUCUAAAGAAGAUGAAGGCUGAAUCACAACCUGCCUUAUCCUGCAAACUCGCUUUCGAACAAGGUUCUUCCUUCUUGCUCCCUGACCUAAACAUGCCUAUAGAUAACGAUCCGAGCCCUGAAGUUGUCUGCUGAAACGGGCGAGCCAUAAGCAUAUGAUCAUUCUUUUGUUUUUCCCAGCACAAAACUACACCACUAUACCUCCUUCCACAAACAUGUUUUUUCUUUUUCUUUUAACUGGUAGUAACUGUAUGAAUAUGAAGAACGUAGAUUAAUCCUAUAUAUCAUCCUUCAUCCCAUUUCCCGUGGACGCUGAAGAAGAUUCGCCUGAAGGUGUGAAUCGGUUCGAGUUUAUGGUUACCUGUUGUCUGACAUAUCUUCUUCUUUAGCCUGGUAGUAAGAUUUUUGCUCUGCCAUUCUCCUAAAUGAUUCUUAUAUUUCUCCCAAUUUCUUAGAAUGAGAUGUAAUUAUCUACAUAGAUAAUAGAUGUACACUUGUUCUUCUUUUUUUCUUUUUAUCUCUCUGGUUAAGAUGUAUUGCAAGAUUACAUCGACUUUUUAUAAUCAAUGUAACAUGUUCCAAAACAUUUUACUAUUUUGUAACUCUCAUCGAUGGACUAUAUAAAAUAUGUGUCUCUCGCAGCCUUCGUUA